AGUUAAGCGGAAAUAGAAACCCUUCUUUUCUCUAUUUAAGCGCGCCAACAAAGACUGUCCUAUAGGGUCUGUCUGUACUUUAUUCGCGGAAUAACAGACCGUUGUUUAUUGUCCUUUCCCAGCGUCUUUACUGCCUUUCUGAAGAUAUGCCAGAGGAAACGUCCGUCGCGUCGAGCUCUGAGAGUGCAGAGGAGAAGCCAUGCUCAUCGACAGCUGCUGCAGCAGGCAGCUCAGUUGAAGUUAUGGAGGAGGCAAAGAAACUGAUUGGCACAGGGAAAAGGCAUCUGGUGAUGGGGGAUGUUGUUUCUGCUGUCAGUGUUUUCCAGGAGGCUUGCGGCAUGCUGGCUGAAAAAUAUGGGGACACUGCAGAUGAGUGUGGUGAGGCCUUCUUCUUUUGUGGGAAAUCUCUAUUGGAACUUGCCAGGAUGGAGAACAGUGUCCUUGGUAAUGCCCUGGAGGGAGUCCCAGAAGAAUCGGAGGAAGAGGAGCAGCCCAGCAGCUCAAAUGUUGAGAGUACAGACAACCUUGAUGAAAAAACAAGAGAUGAGCUACGACAGCAGGUAUAUGACGCAAUGGCAGAGAAGGAAAAGGCUGAGGAUCCACAUUCUCCUGUGACUGGGGAUGAGAAGAGCUUAUCUCAGGAAACUGAGAUGGAUGGAGUUUCUUCUGUGAAAAGUGUGCGGGAAGGAUCACUUGGAAAAGAAACUGAGACUGAACAGAAGGCUGAUGGUUCAGAAGAGCAGACUGGCAACGGGACUGGGGUGAAACCAGUGAGCGGAUGUGACGAGGACAAAGAGGAAACGGAGGAUGACGACGAGGAUGAUGAUGAUGACGACGACGAUGAUGAUGAAGAUGGAGAGAGAAAUGGGAAAGAUAAGGAAGAAGAGGAAGUUGGGAAUUUGCAGUUGGCGUGGGAAAUGCUAGAAGUAGCUAAAGUCAUCUACAAAAGAAAGGAAAGCGAAGAGGAUCAGCUAAUGGCAGCCCAGGCGUAUCUGAAACUUGGAGAAGUCAGUGCUGAAUCAGGUAACUAUCCUCAGGCACUCGAUGACUUCCAGGAGUGUCUUGCCCUGCAGCUGAAACACUUACCUCCUCACAGUCGUCUGUUGGCUGAGACCCACUACCACGUUGCUACUACGCUCUGCUAUAUGGAUCAGUACAGCCAGGCCAUCCAGCACUACAACAGCUCCAUAAAGGUCAUUGAGACCCGUUUGGCCAUGCUGCAGGAGGUGAUCGAUGCAGCCGAAGGAGCGGAUGGAGCAGCAGAGGAGAAAAAUGAGCUGGACGAGCUGAAGCUGCUUUUGCCUGACAUCCGGGAAAAAGUGGAGGAUGCCAAGGAAAGCCAGAAAACAGCCAGCGCUGCCUCACAGGCCAUCCAGCAGACACUAGGUGGUGCAUCAACUUCAUCAGCAUUCCUUUGUGAAAAUGGCAGCACUUCAUCGGCAGCUUUUGCAACAACCAGUCAGGUUCCAGUUAAAACUGAGAGUGCCUCAUCUUCCAAAGCAGUCUCUGACAUCUCUCACCUCGUCAGGAAAAAGAGGAAACCAGAGGACGAGAGCCCAGUAAAGGACACUGAUGCUAAACAAGCGAAACAGGAAGCCACAGUUAAUGGCACCGGUGACUCUAGUGCCAGCAACGGCAAUGGAGUCCAGGAGGGGAAAUCACAGGAGCCUCCGACCCAGUCUGCAUCUGUCGAGUCCCCGGCGUGACUGUCUUCACCUCUUUACUGAUCUCAGAAACCAGCACAUCUUGCCUGUCCAGCCCCUAUACACCUUUCAGCACUCUUGUUUCUGUAAAUAAGAUCCAUUUUCAUAGAUUUGUCUGUCAAGUUUUUGUAUACUUGUAGUAAAAAUAAAGAAUCUGCAGAUGUA